CUGCGUCCGCCUAACAUUUCUGAAGCUUAUAUCAGCCUCCAUUGAAAAUUACUUGUUUUGUAUUGUACUACAAACCAAACCCUCGCUGGCUUUCUUGAGUUUGUUUGUCUCCCUCCAGUUGACUCGCCACACUCUUCGAAAUGGACUCCAUGGAUCGCUCUCGAGCUUUCCUUCGGGAUGUCAAGCGCCUGGUUGUCAAGGUUGGGACGGCGGUGGUAACGCGAAGUGAUUUAAUAUUAAGAUUACAAUCUGGAAUGCAGAUCAAGGAACUUAACUCCCAAGAAUACGAGGUUAUUUUGGUUUCAUCCGGUGCUGUUGGCAUUGGUCGUCAAAGGCUCCGAUACAGGAAGCUUGUUAAUAGCAGUUUUGCUGACCUUCAAAAACCACAAGUUGAUCUUGAUGGGAAGGCAUGCGCAGCUGUUGGUCAAAAUAGUCUUAUGGCUCUCUAUGACACAUUAUUUAGUCAGUUGGAUGUUUCAUCUGCCCAACUUCUGGUCACAGAUAAUGAUUUUAGGGAUAAGGAUUUUAGAAGGCAACUUAGUGAUACAGUGAAAUCAUUACUCUCUCUUAAGGUUAUUCCUAUCUUCAAUGAGAAUGAUGCAGUCAGCACUAGGAAAGCUCCCUAUGAGGAUUCUUCUGGUAUAUUUUGGGACAAUGACAGUUUGGCAGCACUUUUAGCUUUGGAGCUAAAAGCUGAUCUCCUCGUUUUGUUAAGUGAUGUAGACGGUCUGUAUAGUGGGCCACCAAGUGACCCUCACUCAAAGUUAAUCCAUACAUACGUUAAGGAACGCCAUCAAGGUGAAAUUACCUUUGGGGAUAAGUCUAGGGUGGGAAGAGGUGGUAUGACUGCUAAAGUUAAAGCUGCUGUUGGUGCUGCAUAUGCUGGCAUUCCUGUUGUUAUCACUAGUGGAUAUGCUCCCGAGAAUAUCCUUAAGGUCCUCAAAGGAGAUCGUAUUGGUACCCUCUUCCAUCAAGAUGCUCAUUUGUGGGCCCCACAAAAGGACGUUGGUGCUCGUGACAUGGCUGUUGCUGCAAGGGAAAGUUCGAGAAGGCUACAGGCAAUUUCUUCUCAAGAGAGGAGAAAAAUUUUGCUGGAUGUAGCUGAUGCUCUUGAAACAAAUGAAAAACUGAUCCGUACUGAAAAUGAAGCUGAUGUUGCUGAAGCUCAACAGACUGGAUACGAAAGGGCCCUAGUAUCACGAUUGGCAAUGAAACCUGGAAAGAUAUCCAGCCUUGCCAACUCCAUCCGUACGCUUGCAAACAUGGAAGAUCCAAUUGGUCGUGUUUUGAAGAAGACUGAGGUCUCAGAUGGGCUAAUUCUUGAGAAAACAUCGUCUCCGUUGGGUGUUCUAUUGAUUGUGUUUGAGUCUCGUCCAGAUGCUCUGGUACAGAUAGCUUCAUUGGCUAUCCGGAGUGGAAAUGGUCUUCUCUUAAAAGGGGGAAAAGAAGCAAGGCGAUCAAAUGCAAUAUUGCAUAAGAUUAUCACGGAAGCCAUUCCAGAUAGUGUUGGUGGGACCCUCAUUGGACUUGUAACUUCGAGGGAGGAAAUACCUGAUCUACUGAAGCUGGAUGAUGUCAUUGAUUUGGUGAUCCCAAGAGGCAGCAACAAACUGGUCUCUCAAAUUAAGAAUUCUACCAAAAUUCCUGUUCUCGGUCACGCUGACGGAAUCUGCCAUGUUUAUGUUGACAAGUCUGCUGAUUUGGAAAUGGCAAAGAGAAUUGUACUGGAUGCAAAAGUAGAUUAUCCAGCAGCCUGUAAUGCUAUGGAAACUCUUCUUGUUCACAAGGACUUGGUUCAUACUGGCAUGCUGAAUGAGCUUGUUGUAAAUCUCCGUAUUGAAGGUGUUACUUUGUAUGGUGGACCAAAGGCGAGCAAUCUGUUGAACAUUCCUGAGGCGCGGACGUUUCACCAUGAAUACAAUUCAUUGACUUGCACUAUUGAAAUUGUGGAUGAUGUUUUUGCUGCCAUCGAUCAUAUACAUCAACAUGGAAGUGCACACACUGAUUGUAUUGUUACAGAAGAUGAUAAAGUUGCUGAAAUUUUCUUACGUCAAGUUGACAGCGCUGCUGUUUUCCAUAAUGCGAGCACAAGAUUUAGUGAUGGGGCCCGAUUUGGUCUAGGUGCUGAGGUUGGGAUUAGCACAAGUCGAAUCCACGCACGGGGUCCUGUAGGAGUUGAAGGAUUAUUAACGACCAGAUGGAUUCUUAGGGGAAGUGGGCAAGUCGUUAAUGGUGAUAAAGGUGUUAUCUACACACACAAGGACAUCAAGAUUGAGUCUCAUGUGGUUGAUUGAUUUCCAGCCGAAGGAUUCACGCUGGCAAUUUGUUUGGUGGAAAAUGUAUAAAAUAAGUGUUAUUCUUCUCCCCUCGUGCUUCAGUUUCAUACUUGGAGAAAUAAUGUGGUUUAAUUAGAGACUUCAUCAGAAGCGGCCAAUUUUCCUAUAAUAUUGGCCAUUGCUGUUUAGUAGCUUAGGACCUUUCUUCAAGAACAGGAAAUUCAGAGUUUAGUUAGUCGUAGCUUAUAGGUUAAUCUUUGAAGUAUGACCAUUUGAGUAGAUGUGGUGCAUUAUGCUUGGAUUGUUUUGUUGUUUGUGACACAAUUGAAAUUGAGUUGGCUUCUAAAAUAACGGGAAUCACAUACAAAUCA